AUGAAUUUAAUUCUGCUGAACAAAGAAGACCUCCAAUUCAAGCAAGAUGGUGUCUAUGCCGUGCUUCAAGGACGGGCUCAUGGCCACUGCCAGCGCAUCCUCAAAGUCACCACUGGCACGCAUUUGCGAGUUGGAGUCACAAUGGCGGGUGUGGGGGAGGCGGAGGUGGUUGCCUGUGAAAGCGAUCAGACCAUAAUCAAGCUCCUCGAAAGAAUCGAUCUGAUGCCCAUGAAGCAGCCCUAUAAACAUUUGGAGAUUGAACUGCUUCUUGCUGUACCUCGUCCAAAAGUGCUCGAGCGCCUCUUGCAGCUCUGCGCUGUCGUGGGCAUCCACCGCAUCUUCCUGAUUUGCGCUGCUCGGACUGAGAAGGGAUUUCUCUCGUCCUCUCGCCUGUCUGCCGAGAAUAUCCACGAGCACUUUCGUUUAGGUUUGGAGCAGGGCAUGAUUACACGUCCUCCAGAGCUGCAUGCCUUUGCUUCAUGGGACGGCUUUUUGGCCGCGAUCCGUGAGGCGGAUGACUUAGAAGCAAAAGGACCAGCUGCAACACAUAUUCCCGACGCAUUUUCAGAAGCACCCAGUGCUGUCAAAAACGCAGACGCAGGAUCUACUUAUGUGCUGCCCACGCUGCGCCUUGUCGCACAUCCACACACAGAGCCCACCCUCCCAAGUCUCCUCAUGCGGCCAUUCGCUGAAAACCCCCCGUCUGCAGAACUCAACGGAAAGCAAGUCGAAUUUCAGCGACACAGCGUUCUUCUCGCGGUUGGUCCCGAGGGAGGUUGGAUCCCCCCCGAGAUAGAUCUGCUUCAGCGGAAGCUAGGGUUUCUCCCCUUCAGCCUAUCUGACAAAAUCCUAAAGUGUGAAACGGCGCUCACUGCUUGUCUGACCCAGCUAACGAUGUGUUACGAGGACCCCAUGCUCUUCCCAUUUUUGCGUUCUCCAGUAGAAAUUUACGCAGCCAGAUUAGCGAGAGAUGAUAAAGACCCUGAGCGUAGUUCUGAUGCACCAGAGAGUGAACACAAAAUAUCAAGACACCGUGGAGCCAGGGAUAUUAUCCGACUGCCUGGUGGAUUUUUAAUGACCUUCCCGCAGCGCUACACAACGCGCACUAAUGCUGCAGAACCGCAGCAGCAAUGA